ACACACGCGUUUAGAGCAACACAAGCAACACUCCUUUGCCUUUACGCGAAAUACGUGUAUAUUAAAUGGAGUGAGGUCAAUAAAGUCGUGUAGGGCGUGUGGGCUCACGUGUCCCUUCUUGAUUCAAGACGACCAUGUCGAAUGCAAAAAUGAUGGAGAAAGAUGAGAUAUAGAUAUCAUGGAGAAGGGCAAAGGUAGAGAAGACAGAAAUGGCGUAGUUUCAUCUGCAUCGCCAAAUCAUCAAACCCAGGAAGUCGAGGGUAAGGAACAGGUCCUAACGCUCCAAGAAGACCGGGAAGAGAUCAAUCAAGGUAUCGAGCAAAAGCUGUCUAUGCUACAUGAAAGAGAACGAGGAAUGUUAUCAGAACUAUAUCAAACAGAGAUCGAAAAGCAAGUUUUAUUAAAUGCUCGAACUCUGAUCGAUGAGCGACUUAGGAAAGUACAGCAUCGACAAUAUCUCUCUCGGGCUGCAAAGGUGGGCAAGAAAGCAAAUAGUGAAGAAGAUCUGACAAAAGAAUAGUUCCAUUCGUCAAAGGUAGUCACAAUGCAUAUUCUAUUUUCAAUAGUCAUAAUGAUUUAAAGGCAGAGAAGAAGAAAUAAAUACAGUAAAAUUAAGUGUUUGGGUACGAUCCUCUUAGAGCAUUUGAGCGGCUAAAUCGCCAUCACCAAAUCCGAACUUACUUGCUUCUUCGGAUGCAUAAGCCCAAAUACCCUUGUGGGGGUGACCUUUUGGCUUGAUGAAGCGA